CGCGCACCACGGUGCCUUCAAGCCGCACCCUCGACGUCGUUCCGUACCUUACUCGCUCCUUCCUCUUUCUCUCUUUCCGCCGCUCUUUCUCUGUCUUUCUCUCCCUCCUACCUAUUUCAUAGCCAUGGUCGCGCCGUUGAACGCCCAACUGACGAAUGCGAAACCCGCCCCUCCUGAUGUCAAGGCGCCGAGUCAGAAGAAACAACCUCCGCCACCUGCGCCACAGAACGUCAAGAACAAGAAAGAGGUAGACCCGGUCGUGAAGCCUACCACAGAAUUCGACACUAAGACUCAGUCGCUCCCGAAGAAUGUCACCCGCCGAUCCAGCAAGCCCAUCAUCAACUGGUUUCAACGCAAGCUCGCAGGGACUCGCACGAGACGCGUCUCUGAUCCCGACAGCCCUCGUUCGCCUACGUCCAGGGCGAAUGUCCACACCCCGAGCUUGCGCGAGAAACCUCGAAGGGCUUCCGCGCCGCAGCGUCCGUCUGGUCCGCCGCUUGCAGUGAGGAUACGGAGCAAGACCGAAUCGAAGCACGGUCGGAAGAUCUCUACCGUCAGCUCGAUUCCGUCGCGCAAGCCGGCUUCGCUCGACGGCUUCAGUUUAGCUGAGAGCACGGCGGCCCUAACCACCGAUUCUGAUGACGGCCGUCGUUCCUCGCUCGCUCGCGAUUCAUUGUGGUCCCCGACGAGCCAUCUCGAGGCGGACGAAGAUGCAUCUAUGCGACCAUUCCCGCCUACGUCUCCUCCUUCUCCCUCCCCCUCGCACUCAUCGUCCUCGUACAUGUCGGACCCGCGUACCUUUCGAAGCAUGGCCGCGAGUACGAAGCCCACGACCCUGCUCAGCGUGGAUAUCACAGGAGGCAUGGCCCACAUCGCACAAGCGCCGCCUACCCCGACUCGCCUUCAGGCGCACCUCCGUUCGCAGUACGCCGGUCCAGGCUCUAACGGCGCCGUUUCUUUCUCUGCGAUUCCUCCUGCUUCGCCUAGCCGGCCGUCAUCAAGCACGUCGGCUGCCCCAAACGGACAGUACGGGUUGCACGCACCGCAGCACACGGCCCACCAUCCGCGCAAUAAUCCACACCCCUCGUCACCGCCUGAGGAUGACGCAUCUCUGCUUACUCUAGCGUCGUCCGCGUUCGCGAUGCCUGGGGCGCGGAUAGGCAUGACGGCCUUCGCACUCUCCGGAGGCACGUCGGUCGCGGACGACUCGAUCUCCCACUUCAGCCACGGCGUUGGCGCGGGGGGUGACUCCACGAGCCACUUCCUGCUGGGCGAGAUGGACGAUGAUAGGGAUUUGAUGGAGAAGGAAUACCAGGACGUAGACGCAAGCGUCCGUGCGUUACGGCCGCGCAGCUCGAGACGGGGAAGCUGGGAGAGCCAGGACAGCAAAUGGAGUGCGAGCGCAAGCCUGGCACUGACUGGCGUAACGGGAAUGACGUCUCAUAGUCCUGUCAGCCAUGCAGCACCCAGGAGCCUGUGGACGAACGGGAGUUACAGGACUGGCGGAGUCAGCGUGGAUCACGGAGACGUCAGUGUUAGCAACGACCAUAGCGAAGAUGGAACCAGCGAGGAGACAGAGGGAGAAGAGACGAGUUUGGAUGGGAGGGCGUCGGUGCCGGAAUUCCGCUCGAUAUCGACCUCAGUGCGGGGGAUCCGCUCCGUGUCAAGGCAUCUAGCGGCGGACGAUGUCUCUGGACUUUCCAGCCCUCAGACGUCCGUGAGCACGGAUGAUGCAUCGACCCCUCCUGCUACACCUAUGGAUGCACUCGACAAGGCGGACGCACUAUCGACUGAGCCCAGCGGGUCGUCCGAAGCGAGCAAGAGUGCGAUGGCUACGCCCAAACCAGGGCCGAUCGCCUUGCAGUCGCACGACGCUAUGCCCGACAUCUCGGCGACGAUCAGGUCGUUGAGUGCCGUCAGGGAUCAAGAAGAGAAUCCCGAAUAUGCAGACGCGGCCAGCACCACCUCUGCAGACUACGAGACGGAUACCUUCGAGACCCCGAUGAGCACCCCUUUGCCUCAACCGGAGUAGCUGCACGCGUAGCUCCGUAACGAUUCCUCGUAUUGAUUUGGUGUGAUAUCCACGGCAUAUUUUCUCUGCUCAGCCCUUGCAUACGUAUAGCAGUACUGCUCUUCCUGUGCCGCCGCGACGCGUUUCGUCGGUAGCGGCCAUUACAUCUCUGCUAAUCUUCUCCCGUUUGGCUCCUGGAUACAUGUACAUACCUUGUAUGCCUAGCACUAUUCUAUGUGUAUUCUGUUGCUCGUCAAGAGCCCUUCUCCUUUCGCGCCUCAAA